AUGGAGCGCGACAAGCUCCAUUUUCUGGGCAAGGAGGCCCCGCCCGGCUAUGUGGCCGGUAUUGGUCGUGGUGCCUCUGGUUUCAUGACCCGGUCUGAUAUCGGUCCAGCUCGCCCAGGUGGAGACCGUGCGGCGCCGGUGUGCAGCAAAGCCAAUGCGGUACCAAAGGAAGAAAAUUUAAACGACACCAACUACGACGAAUUUUCCGGAUAUGGCGGCAGCCUUUUCAGCGGCGGUGCCUACGAUGCUGAUGACAAAGAAGCUGAUGCCGUAUACGACGCCAUUGAUCAGCGUUUGGAUGAGCGGCGCAAGGAGCAUCGCGAGCGCCGAGAGCGAGAAGAACUUCUCAAAUUCCGUAAAGAGCGACCCAAAAUUCAGCAGCAGUUUUCCGACCUCAAACGCGAUCUGGCAGAAGUGAGCACCGAGCAGUGGGCCAAUCUGCCCGAGGUUGCAGAUAUCGGCAAGAAAACAAAGCGUGCCAAGCGAGAACGCUUCACUCCCAUGCCCGAUAAUCUGCUCGGCACUGCGACGGCGGGCGGUCACACAGAAAUUGACUCACGUCAACAGAAAUAUGGCGGCCUGCAAACCCCCAUGCCUGGCUCGCAAACACUCAUGCCAUCCUACGCCGGUGCGUGUCAAUUUCUUGCUGCAACAAGUCGCCGUGACCUCGAUCUCGGCGAGAUCGGCCGUGCGCGUAACACCAUGAUGGGAGUCAAGCUGGAUCAGGUCUCCGACUCUGUUACGGGACAAACCGUUGUGGAUCCAAAGGGCUACCUGACUGACAUGAACAGCCUCAACCCCCAAGGCACCGGAACUGUGGCGGACAUUGCCAAGGGCCGGCAAUUGCUGGCAGCGGUGCGCAAGGCCAACCCCAACAACGGCCCAGCAUGGAUCGCCUCUGCUAAACUAGAGGAGCAAGACGGGCGCAUCCAGGCAGCGCGCAACAUGAUCUUCAAGGGUUGCGAGCAUUGCCCCAAAAACGAGGACGUGUGGCUCGAGGCUGUUCGUUUGCAGCCGCCACAAAAUGCCAAAGCAGUCGUGGCCCAAGGCGUGCGCGAGCUUCCUUCAUCUAUUAAGCUCUGGAUCAAGGCCGCCGAGCUUGAACAGGACCACAAAGCCCAACGUCGCGUCAUGCGCAAGGCGCUGGAGACCAUCCCGGACUCGGUGAAGCUGUGGAAGGCAGCCGUGGAACUUGAGUCCCCCGAAGAUGCCUGCAUCCUUCUUGGGCGCGCCGUGGAAUGCUGCCCAACCUCAACAGAGCUCUGGCUGGCGCUUGCCCACCUGGAAACCUAUGACAAUGCACGUAAGGUCUUGAACAAGGCUCGCAAGGCUGUGCCGACCGACCGUCAAAUUUGGAUUGCGGCCGCGCGGCUGGAGGAAACUGCCAAGAAGUUUGAGAAUGUUGAGCGCGUUGUAGCUACGGGUAUCAAGUCGUUGCAAGCCAACGGCGUCGAAAUCAACCGCGACCACUGGCUUGAGGAGGCCCAGCGUUGUGAUCUAGCAGGCAGUCCAAUCACUGCCCAGGCGAUUGUGCGAGCCGUCAUUGGCUACGGCAUCGAGGACGAGGAUCGAAAGGAAACUUGGAUUGAUGAUGCCAAGAAUUUUGUCAACCACGAAGCCUUUAAUUGUGCCCGUGCCGUUUACGCACAAGCACUUGCCGUCUACAAGGUUGAUGAUGAGCUGUGGCUUGAGGCGGCUUUUUUCGAGAAGGAGCACGGUACCCGCGUCUCUCUCGAGGAGCAUCUCCAGGCAGCUGUGCGCCACUGCCCUCAGGCCGAGGUGCUCUGGCUCAUGGGUGCCAAAUCGGCAUGGAACCACGGCGACGUUGGAACGUCCCGUCAGAUUCUGGCCGCUGCUUUCGAAGCCAAUCCUGGCAGCGAAGAGAUUUGGUUGGCCGCCAUCAAGCUUGAGUCUGAGAACAACGAGUACAUGCGCGCUCGCAAACUCUUGGAGCGCGCUCGUGCCAAGGCCGGCACAGCGCGUGUGUGGAUGAAGUCUGCCCGUCUCGAGUGGGUUCUGGAUGACAUCCCACAAGCCUUGAGCCUCUUGGAUGGUGCCAUCCAGCGCUUCCCCGAUUACUUCAAGUAUUACCUCAUGAAGGGGCAAAUCUAUGAGCAGUGCAAAGACAUUGAAGCUGCACGACAAGCCUUUGCUGAGGGUUUGAAGGCCACUCCAAAGGAUGUGGAAGUGUGGCGUUGUGCCGCUGAGCUGGAGGUUUCGCAAGGCAAUUUCACCCGCGCUCGAGCGCUGUUGGAGCGCGGUCGUACAUACAAUCCCAAGAGCGAUUUGUUGUGGCUUGACUCUGUGCGCGUCGAGCGCCGGGCUGGCAACCCCCAGGCGGCAGAGACUGUCUUAGCCAAAGCCAUGCAGGACGUGCCGCUGUCUGGCAAGCUGUGGGCUGAAUCGAUUGCCAUGCAACCCAAGGCUGGUCGCCGCACCAAGUCCUUGGACGCAUCGAAAAAAUGUGGCAACAGCCCUGAGGUUUUGGUGGCGCUGGCCAAGAUGUUCCUCUCGGAUCGUAAGAUUGCCAAGGCACGGCGCUGGCUGAACAGCGCUGUAAAGCUUGAUCCGGACUACGGUGAUGGCUGGGCUGCCUAUUACAAGUUUGAGUUACAGUAUGGUACAGAGGAACAGCAGGAGGAAGUGGUCAAGCACUGCCUGAACGAAGAGCCACGCCACGGCGAAGUUUGGCAACGCGUUGCCAAGGACCCGCGCAAUUGGCGCCUGCGUGGCAAAGACUUGCUGGUCCUGGUGGCCAAGCACAUGGACAUUACCUUCAAGUAA